AUGCCACGUUACGAGACUGGCGAGCAGAAAAACAACUUGAACUUGACCCCUACUAUUUUGCAACGCCCCUCUCACGCACUCGAUGGCUGCAACGCACGCAUUAAGCCACAGUACACAGCGGGCGGUGAACUAGCGACCAUGUUCCCCAAUCCUUUCGACCGAAAGCACUCUACCAUAAGGCAGUCAUUUACGAUUUGUGUACAUACAUUUAGGUACAUAAACAAAGAAAUGGAUUGGAACAAA